AUGAUAAUAUUUCUGAAUUUACACUGUGAUUCGUUAGAUUGGCCACACCCACCCUUUGAAUCGCCUGCUGGAGCAUUGCCUGGCUGGGAGUGGGACCCGUCAGCAGCGGCAGCAGUCAACCAUGUCGUUGUGAAAAUUUAUCCUUUAUAUGAUAUCCACACUGAGGUGACAUUCUUAGAGGGCUCAUCUUCAUCAGACUGGUCACCAUCAUCAUCAUGUGCAUCCCCAGGGUCAUCAUCAGGUACUGACUCAACAGUGAUACUGGAAUCUACAAAGACUGAGAGAAGACAGCUUAUUGAAGGACCCCUGGAUGUCAAUGUUGCAAGAGAUAUUGUUAGAGCUGCUCUUUGUUCAAAGCCCAGUGGAAAAGAAAUAUUGGAAGAGUACGAGAAAGCAAGCACCCUCAGUGAUGUUACAAGAAGAAAGAUGGUCAACAUUCUUGUGGCAGAUAUGGUUGAGUACCAUGGGAGGGUACCUCAGGUAAAUGUGCGGAACCUCUAUGCACUUGGGAUUACUACACUGUUCCCAAAAUUGAGUGACCCAGAUUCCAAGAAUGGCUAUGAACAUUUUUAUGAUCAUCAGAGUGGUUCGGGUUAUCUAGCGUGGAGGCUGAAAACUGUUCAGCGGACCUCUGCUCAAGACCGCAAAAAAUCCAAGACAACUUUCCAAGAGGGCCCAAAGACUCCACGCAGUAUCCAUUCAGAUGAGAGGCAGUUGACCGGGGAGGAAUGUAGGGAAGCCAUAUUGGCGAUGAAACACUCAAGUGAUGCAAUCCUUGUCAGAAAUAAGAUGAAGGCCACAUUCCAGCACAGACAAAGAGUCAUUCAAGACCCAGAAAGUGCCUCUACUGUCCUUAAUCUCUUUCCCAGAUUCUUAGAUACACCUGGUUUGAUUGACCAAGAUUUCUCAAUGAUCUUUGGUGAGGAGGUGUCUGGUAAAUUCCUCUCCAAGUGGCCAACCUUUUUCAAACCGAGAGUCAUCGCAGAUUGCUGCAAGAACCUAACUCCGAGUCCGCAUGUUGAUGAGCUGCUUCUGUCUGCACAACAUGAGUCUGACGAUUGUGUCUGGCAUUCUGAGGAGUGGGAUUCUGAGAUGGCUGCCAUCCUGCUUCUGCUUCACCUCCUGCCUCCAACAGUUAAAGGGAAGAAGAGUGGCAAGAUGAGUGCGUCGGAGGCUACUCGACGCCUGAUUAAGUUCAUGAAGGUGGGAUCAAGCAUGGAGACCUUCCUUAAAGAAACUGACACCAGACAGCCCUUUCUGCUCGGUGUUGGAGAAAGAAGCAGCUGCAUCCAGGACUUCUACAUCAUCGUGGACCAGAAGGCCAUUCCCUGCAGGAUGCAGACCCCAGUUGCUGCCUUUGAUGAGCUUUUCAAGGCACACUAUGCUUUUGCUGUGUCGUAUGAUGAUGCCCUGUCCAGCUUCUUCAUCUUCAUCCAAACCACUGUGUAUGGCAUUGACGUCGGCAAAGUGAAAGAAAAUCCCAGGGUAAAAGAAAUCCGAGCAAGACUUCUUCACUGUGAGGUUUGA